AUGGCGGCCGAGGUCCUCCUCGCCAGCGCCGACUCGGGGCCGGCCCGGCUCCUUGGGCGGCUGGUGCGCGCCCUGCAAGCCCGGGCCCGGGUGCUGGUGAUUCCCCGGCCGGGACGUGCCGGCGGCAUGGCCCUGGCCUUCCCCCGGGGAUCCGGGGCCCGGGUGUCGCGCCUGCUGCGCGCCUUCGCCCGGACCCCCACCGGCCGGGCCCUCAACUGGGUGGCCCAGCACCCGCGCACCAUCAUCUCCUUCGUGGUGCUGGUCCGCCUUGUGUGGCAGCGAUACAUGCGCAAGAGACAGCGCGACUCAAUGCAACCGGACGCCGGCGCCAAGGAGCCAGCGGCCCCGGACGCCCCGGGCCCCGGGCAGCCGGCCGCCCCGCGGCCAUCCUCCCCCCUGCGGCUGCUGCAGAUCGUCUUCCCGGGGCUCUUCUCCCGGUCGACCCUGCUGCUGGCCCUGCUGACCGGCAGCCUGGCCGCCCGGACGGCCCUCAGUGUGUAUGUGGCCGGCCUGGAUGGGCGUCUGGUCCGGGGGCUGGUGGCGCGGCGCCCGCGCGAGGUCGGCAUCGGCCUGGCCCAGUGGCUGGGGGUCGGCAUCCCGGCGGCCCUGGUGAACGCCAGUAUCCGCUUCUUCCAAUCGCGCCUGGCCUCGGAGUUCCGCAAGCUCCUGACCGACCACCUGCAGGGGCUCUACAUGUCGGGGCAGGUGUACUACGCGGUGACCCAGCUGGAUGACCGCCUGUGCGGGGCCGGGGCCGGGGCCGCGGCCCCGGUCGCCGGCCGGCCCGGGCACGCGGCCCCCCGGCCCGACGCCAAAGGGCCGGCCAGCGACCCGGCCAAGCCGGCCGGGCGCCGCCGCGCGGCCGCCGCCGCCGCCACCGCCGCCGCCACCAUGGAGCAGCGCCUGGUCGGCGAUGUGGUUGCCCUGGCCGACUCCCUCUCGUCGGUGUACGGCGACGUGGCCAAGCCCCUGUUCGACAUGUGGCUCUUCGCGCGCAAGCUCGAGACCUCCCUCGGGGCCACCCCCUUCGGGCUCAUGUGGUGGUCGUACCUCUUCACGGCGGCCGUCAUCCAUGUCUCGGCGCCGGACUUUGCCGCGCACCAUGUGGCCCUCUCCGGGGCCGAGGGCGACUUCCGCCAUGCCUACUCGCGCCUGGCCACCCACGCCGAGGAGAUCGCCUUCUACUCCGGCGAGCCGGCCGAGCGCCGGACCGUGGCCCAGGCCUGGCGCCGCGUCCAGCAGGUCCUGCAUCGGUUCCACAUCCAGCGGAUCCGGUUCCACUUCACCGAGAACCUCCUCGUCCGGUACAUCUGGACCGCCCUCGGGCUGGUGGCCCAGGCCAUCCCGGUGUUCUUCUCGUCGGCCCCCGGCGGCCGGUCGACCAGCGAUGUGGCAGUCGCGGCGGCCACGGCCGCCGCCGCCGGCACCAUGGCCGCCCUGUCGGCCUCCGGCGGCACAGAGGACCGGCCACUGGCCGGCCUGGCCGGCGACGUGGCCGCCGGCCUGGUGGCCGGCCUGGCCACCGCCUCCGCCCCCUCCGCCGAGAAUGCCGCCACCCGGACCGAAGCCUACAUGACCAGCAAGAACAUGAUGUCCAACUUGGCCGACGCCGGGGGCCGGCUCAUGUACGCCUAUCAGGACCUGGCCGAGCUGUACGCCCGGUCCCUGCGCGUCAACAGCCUGCUCACCGUCCUGGAGGAGGUGGCUGCCGACCGGCCAGUGCGGUCCCUCGCCACCGGGCCCUUCCCCAUGAGCAAUAGACGCGGCCGGGUCCUGGUCCUGGACCGAUCGGACCCGGACCGGCUAGCCGGGCGAUCCGGCAGCUGCCACGAUACGGCCCCCGGCGCCGGGGCCGGAGCCGCCGGGCGUGCCACCGGGUCGGUGCUCGCCGGCGCCGCCGAAGUCGGCCCCGGGGCCGCCGUCGACUCGCCCGCCCGGUCCCCGGCCGAUUGUCCUUCGGGCCUCCCCCCGGCCGAGGUGAUCGCCAAGUCCGCCGACAAAGUCAUCACCGCCGCCGGCCCCCUCGUCGGAGAGCCCACCGCCCCCCAGGAGGACGCCCUCGGCCGGGAGAUCCACUACAGCCUGAAGCGCGUGCCGGUGGUCACCCCGACCGGCGAGCUGCUCAUCGAGCCCCUCACUCUGGACAUUCGCCAAGGGCGGCACCUGCUCAUCACCGGCCCGAAUGCCUCGGGCAAGACGUCCCUCCUGCGAGUGCUCAGCGGCCUCUGGCCCGUGUACGACGGGCUCAUGAUCACGCCCCACCCCCGCGAUGUUUUCUUCGUCACCCAGAAGCCGUACCUGUGUCCGGGCAACCUGCGCGAUCAGAUCAUCUACCCCGACACGCGGCAUGACAUGGUCAAGAAGGGCUUCACGGACGCAUACCUGCAGGAGAUCCUGACCGCGGCCUUCCUGGCUUACCUGCCGGAGCGCGAGGGCGGCUUUGACAGUGUCCGGACGUGGGGGAAUGUCCUGUCCGGGGGCGAGCGCCAGCGACUCAACAUCGCCCGGGUGUACUACCACCGGCCCCUCUUCGCCAUCAUGGACGAGUGCACCAGCGCUGUCAGCCUGGACGUCGAGGCGGCCCUCUUCCAGCGGGCCAUGCAGGCGGCCCUGCCCGCCGCGCAGACUACCCUGGUGGCGGUGACCCAGCGCCCGGGGGUGCUGGCGCCCCUGUUCAAGGACCGGCUGACCAUCGGCGAGGAUGGGCCCGGGUCCUGGAGCCUCCUGUCUGCUGAGGGGGCCCGGCGCUCGGGCACCAAGUCUUUCGCCGACCUGCGGAAAUACUACCCCGGCGAUGUGCCGGCCGGAGGGCGCGCCAUUGGCGGCGGCCCAUUCGCCGAUGGCAAGGGCACCCCUCUGCCGCCACCCCCGCCGGCGAUCGGCCCCCGGCGCCAAGAGGCCGCCAUCAUCGGGUCGCCGCGGCUGGCGCCCAUCCCCGAGGGCCCAGAUCGCGAGGACCCGGCCCAGGACAGCGACAUGGAGUUCCUCUUCCUGUCCUCGGUGUCGGACUCCUUCACCGGGCUGUCCUCCUCGCGCGAGGGCAUCGACAGUGGCGAGGAGUUGGCCCUGGCCGGGGUACCGUCCUCCCGUAUGGACUUGGCCCCGGCCGGGGUGCCGUCCUCCCGCCUGGACUUGGCCCCGGCCGACUGGCCGGCCGACCUGCCGACCGACGAGGCCGGCCUCGCUCGCCGGGUGCAGGAGAUCCACGACCAGUUGAAUGCCAUCAACAGCCAGUUGAUGUCUGGGCCGCCGCCGGAGCCGGUGUAG